UGUAGCUUGGGCAAAUCUGUUACAGUCCUAUAUCCUAGACUAGAGAUGAUGAGCAACAAGCUGAAGUAGAUUCAUGGAAGUAAAUAACCUGCCAGAUAUGAACAUUUGUAAGAGAGUUCACGUGUAUACCUUGUGGCAAACAUUCAGCGUUAACCAGAGACAGGAUAUGAAAUCUGAAGUCCUUUAAAUACUGUAAUAUCAACUUGGUUGAGAUGGCAGCACGCCCCAUCUCUCAUGACAGCCUGCACUUGAGUGACUCUGAAAUUGAAAAUUGGAAUCAAAGGACAACUUGUCAGUCAAGGAGAGUUUGCAGAUACUCAAGUGGUCAGCCACGUGGAGAUCAGCUAGACGAAGAGUUGGUGAAAAUGAGCCUGCAUGGAGCCAGUGGAGGAGGACCCCUGGAUCAUACCAGAGAGAGACAGCGGUCUGGAGAUCGCUCCAGGGACUCUUCACAUGAGAGGGGUGAAGGACAGCUGACCCCAUGCAUCAGGAACGUCACUUCACCCAUAGGCCAGCAUCUAAGUGACCGCGAACGGGAGUCUGGUUACACAUCACGCUCCACGAGUCCCAGGCCUCAGAAAGCAUGCACCUCCAGCUUGUUCUAUGGCAACUCCUUUGGCAAAACCCAAAGCUCACCUGACAUGAUCUACAUGUGCGAAAAGGAGGGCCCUCGCAGUUUGAGGACAGCCGAGAGAGUUACACUGAUUGUGGAUAACACACGUUUUGUUAUCGACCCAUCCAUCUUCACUGCCCAACCCAACACCAUGCUCGGCAGGAUGUUCGGAUCUGGAAGGGAACAUAACUUCACGCGUCCUAAUGAAAAAGGCGAGUAUGAGGUUGCAGAGGGAAUCAGCUCCACUGUGUUCAGAGCUAUUUUGGAUUACUACAAAUCAGGGUUAAUCCGCUGCCCUGAUGGGAUCUCCAUCCCGGAGCUGAGAGAGGCAUGUGACUAUCUUUGCAUCGCCUUCGACUACAGCACCAUCAAGUGCAGAGACCUCAGUGCACUCAUGCACGAGCUGUCUAACGAUGGUGCCCGGCGGCAGUUUGACUUUUAUCUGGAGGAGAUGGUGCUGCCUCUGAUGGUGGCCAGCGCUCAGAAUGGAGAGAGGGAGUGUCACGUGGUCGUGCUGACCGACGAUGAUGUGGUGGAUUGGGAUGAAGAGUAUCCACCGCAGAUGGGAGAGGAAUACUCACAAAUUAUAUACAGCACAAAACUAUACCGGUUCUUUAAAUACAUUGAAAACCGAGAUGUUGCCAAGUCAGUUCUGAAGGAAAGAGGACUGAAGAAAAUUCGAUUAGGCAUUGAAGGAUAUCCCACUUACAAAGAAAAAGUAAAGAAGCGACCUGGUGGGCGUCCAGAAGUCAUUUAUAACUACGUCCAGAGACCCUUCAUCCGAAUGUCCUGGGAGAAAGAGGAGGGCAAAAGCCGACAUGUGGACUUCCAAUGUGUGAAAAGCAAGUCCAUCACCAACCUCGCCGCAGCCGCUGCCGAUAUUCCUCAGGACCAGCUCGUUGUCAUGCACCCUGGGCCUCAGGUGGAUGAACUGGACAUCCUCCCUAACCACCACCCUCAGCACGGCAAUCAUUACGACCCUGAUCCAGAUGCCUCAUCCCCGGCCAUCUGACCCAAACACACAAACCCGCUAACCACCACCUCAGUCCCGCUGCCAAGACCGCAUUGCCUUUCUUAAAGUCCUCUCCAGCCUUACAAGUCAUAAAGACCUGAUUGCUGCGGCAGUAGAAAUGUGAAAUGCCCUUUGUACACUAUGCCUUUCUUUCCCCCAUAGAACUCAACCAAAGGAGUUGUUUUUAUUUAAUUAGGGACACAGAAUGAAUAAAAGAAACUCUGUCAUUAAUCGCUCCUUUGGUUAGCACUAAAAGUGUUUGAUUGUACUAUGUGGUGCUGUGUGGGUACUACUGUUUGACUUGGCAAUAAACGGGAGCACACAAAACCCAUGUCUACAUUGUAAGCAUGUAGGGCUUGGCGAUAUAUUGAGUUUUAGCAAUGCUUGUGCUAGAGAUAUGAAAUUAAGCAACAUUGUGAAUAUUUUGAUCAUUUUAAUUGGUCAUUAAGUUUUCCAAAGACGUCGUCAUUUGUUUCACAAUCAUUUGUCUCGCAACAUGCAAAUAUGAAAGAGUUAAAGCUGAAGUUACUUUUUCGGUGAUGAAAUCCUUUCUCCUAUCCCAGCUUAAUAUGCAUAGAUGACUAUAAUUAAGCCAUUCAUAGGUUAAUUUUCUUGAAAACUGUGAACACUGUGGUGCUAUGAAAAUACCUCUGACCUGUCUUUUGAGACACAACAACAUUGACUCGACAAAUGGCGUGUGUUGGGGGUGGACUAUGUGUUUGUUUGAUCAACUGCAGACGGGGGGCGUUUUUAAGCUGUUGUUAUAAAAAUGCUUAUUUUUGCAAUUCCGUUUGGUGGUGCAGAUAUUACACAGUUCAACUUUUAAGAUGAAGAUAUUUUAAUUGUGUUUAGAAUUCAGCAAACUCUAGUAAACUUGACAAUAUAGUUGUAAGUUUGAUUCAUUUCUUUGAAUCAGUCCAAACCAUCGAUUUGAUUAAAAAUUAAGAUAUAAUGAUUUGUUUUUGUGAAUCAGUUCAAACUGUCCAUUUCAAUGAAUUCAUUCAAAUCUCUGAUUCAACGAUUGUUGGCAUAAAGCAUUUCAAAGUGUCCAUUUUCAUGAAUUGAUUCAAAUAUCUGAUUUAUCAGUUUUGUUGAAUAAUUUCAAACUGUUCAUUUCAGUGAAUUGAUUUAAAACUGAUACAAUGAUUCAUUUGCGUCAAUCAUGCAAUAACAUUCAUGGAAGUCUCUGCAUGACAUUUUUAGUCAAUUCAGUGUUUUAGUAAUAACAUGAAGGUAAAUAUUGUUGUUUCAUAACUAGACAUAUAUAUAUAUAUAUAUAUAUAUAUAAUUACCUAUAUAGCCCAGCCCUACAAGCAAGCAAGUGAAAUGACUUGACAAAGUUAGAAUGGCCAUUAUAAUCAAUCCAGCUGCCUACAUUGCAGGUGUGCAAAGAUACACAUCCAUUAUUAUCAACAAGCUGUCUACACUGCAAGACCACAAAGUCCUUUUUUAUAAUGGGAAUACUUCAGUUUUAUCACGUUGCGCACUGCGUAGAUGGGGUGUAAUGGAGCAGCCAUGGAGCCUCACUGUGAUGCAUGGCCUUUGAAUAAGUUCAACUGAAGUGAUGUCACUGUCAUAUUGUACUUUUCAUUUUAUUGUUAUUUGUAGCUGGUGUGCUGCUAAAGACACUAUUUUGACAAGUACCUCUUGUGUACUGCUUGAAAAUUUUUAUUUUAAUAAACAUGAUUAAAUCA